AUGCCGGCAUCCCGCCGGGCGCGGCAACCCUCUACGCUGGAGCUGCUGUUGGGCCGCAAAAGCAGUGAUUCGGGGGUGACGGAACUGGUCGGGGUCGCAGUGCUAUGGCUUGGUGGAUCCGUGGUGCUACUGCGGAAAUCUUCGGUGUUUGCCGUGCUGUUCACAUGGCAACGUGGUGGUUCCUCACGGUGGCAGAGGGCAGCUCUUAGAUAUCCAGUGCUUGUUCUGCUCCAUUGCUCGAGCAUUUUCCUCACAGGCUGCCUCCAACAGCGUGUCACGACCAAGUGGACGCAGAACAUUGCGCGCAAGCUCCACCGAUUGCUGUUCCAGAAGCAGAACUUUCAUCGGCUUCAUCCAGAGACCAAGGACAGCAUCAUAUCUGAAGCAGACCUGCAUGUUUGUCGCGACAUCUAUGACAUGGCACGCGCAACAUCGGAGGUAGCGGUGGCAUUAAUUGAGGCCUUGGUGAAAACCACGGUCUUCGCUGGAUCGGCCAUCCUUCAUAAGAAGUGGCUGGGCGGCUUGUUUCCUCCUGCUGCCUUUCUGUUGGCGGUGAAGAUUGUAUUGGGGACUCAUCCUGCUGAUCACAAGCCCGUCCAGACCUCGCUCCAACACUUUGAAGCCAGGCUGAAGCAGCACUUUUUCAGAGUCCAGCAACGGUCAGAUACCAUCCUGAUGAUGCAGGGCGAGGCUUUUGAAUUAGAUCUUCUACAAAAAGCUCUUCGUGAUGUGUCUGCCAUUACACGCAGGCUCUAUGGCCUCAUGUUUCCCGUAGAGAUGACUGAAUGGCUGUUUCUACACGCUACCCAGGCUGCAAGUUUGCUUGAACUGGCCGCGUUUGCUUUUGCAAUGCUUGGAUCCCGAUCUCCCUUGAAAUCUGGAGAUGGCUUUCAGCAAAAAGCGCACGUGGUUGGGCAGCACUUGCUUCAGGUUCAGAACUUCUUCAUCGUGUGUUCUGCUUGGAAUGCCUUCCUGUCCUCUCGAACUCUGUUAAUGAGUUGUGCUCCAGCCACCAGUCGAGUGAAGCAGCUGUACGCCAGGCUGGAUGCCCUGGAGCAUGGGCACCAUGGACAUCCGAAGGCCACGGCGCAAGCAGCGAAGCCAAAACCGGAGGAGCUGCGGGAAGCGGAAACGCCUGGUGGAGGGCACGCGCACACUGCGCAUGCUGGGUUCGGCCAGGGGCUGAGCCAGGAGCUGUAUCGGCGCACCACCGCUGCAGUGAAGUCACGCUGGAGGAGUGCGUCAGCACGGCUCUGGGCCACUCUGCAGCUGGGCCUUUUGACGUCGGGCCGAAGGCGAACGAUCUUGCAGAAAGUGGGAUUGAUGUUGCUACUACUCCAUGCCCGGACCAAUCUUUACUGGCGAUUCUGUCAGACUCUUUCGGGUUCUCUGAAAGCCUUACUGUCACCGAAGCCCAGUGCCAUGGCCAAAGAGCUACUUUUGGGUGCAGUGCUAGCGGUGACAGGAGGCUUUGCAGAUCAGGUGCUCCGAUAUCAGGCCAAACUGGCCACCCUGGAGCUCUGGAGUGGUGCCAUGGGUCAUUUGCAGCGGAAGUUGCUCCGGGAGCAUACCUUACUGCGCGUUAGCCAGGAGGUUUCCGAGCCCAUGCAGCGACUGGCAGAGAUCCAACAUCUCUUCGAGGGUUUAGGCUCCAGCGCCUGUGAGGCGCUCUUGGCUGCGUCACAGCUGAUUUUUUUGGCACCGCUGCUGCUGCGAAACUUGCACAGUUGGUCACUGCUCUUUGUGGCCCAUUUCUUGCUGCUGAGAUUACUUCAAUGCUGUGACGCAUGGGAAAACCACGAGAAGAACUCGCACUCACAAGGCAACAAAAGUUUGGAGGAUCAGUUUGAGGCGUUGAUCGAGGCCGACAUUGAGCUGCCGUCCUGGGGGUUGUAUCGCUUGGCGUUGACGCUGGGAGAUUUUCAGCAGAUGCCAUCCUGGGUUCUUCGCUGGCUGUCGUUUAAAGUUGAUAGCUUUUCCGGUGAAUCCAUGGACUUGGCCGAGACUUUUUUGCUGGAUAGGAUGAUGCAAAACAGCUUCAUAGCGGUGCAGCAGCUCUCCAAGAUGGUGGAGAAAUUUGGGCGCCUGGACGCCCAGAGCCUGCGCUGCUUGGAGCUGGUGAUGGCCGUGGAGACCACGGGCCCAACGGGCCGCCUUCGGGCCACGGCGGCCACGGAGACGGAGACGGAGACCGUGGCGAAUGCGGCGAAUGCGUUGCCGGCGACGGUAACGAAUGGCGUGCUGCAGUUCUUUGAGGAGGAACUGCUGGAUGAAGAUGGAUUAACUUUGCUUGCGCAUGGGCUGCGCUUUGACCUGUCUGUGAAGCAGCCGCUGCUCAUCUGCGGCCCCAGUGGAUAUCAGCAACCCAUGCUGCAGCUGCUGCUGGGGAUGAAUCGCAGCACCAUGAUGCCACGGCAGACGCUGAUGCUGGUGAGCAAGGAGCCAUACGUGCCCGGCCAUUGCAGGCUGCUGGCCCAGCUGGCAUAUCCUGUGCAGCUGCGCCUGCCAUCCCAUGCGCCCUUCACCGUCCAGGUGCCGUUGCUGCAUGAACACAUCAGUGAGGUUGAGCUGCGACAACACUUUGCUCGAUUGGGAGCCUCCAGUUGCCAGGUGGUGGUGGAAGGCGGUGAUCGCAAGGGGCUCGUCCACUUCAGUACCUUUGAAGAUACCAUCAAAGCCGUUGCCAGGCCUCAAGACCGGGUCAUUGGUGGCACUGAACUGCAGUGUGAGAUCGCUGGAGAGAGUUCGGAGUCUCCACAACUGCAUCGGAUGCGCCAAUGUUUGAUUGCCACACAGAUAGACCAUCUCCUCACCAGAGAAGCCGAUGGUUGGUUCGCCCGCAGAUCUUGGCCAGAUGUCCUCACGCGCGAUGAGCAGCAAAGACUGGGCAUUGCUCGAGUGCUUUAUCAGCAGCCCAGCUUUUGCGUCUUGGAGGAUCCCAUGUCUUUGGAGCUGCAGCUUCAUCAGCUCUUACUGCGCCAUGGGGUGACACCUGUGGCUCUGGCGUCCCAACCAUGUCUGGGAGAGGUCUACCGACGCCAGCUUCAUGUGGGGCUUCCUGAGAUCGCCGAUGGCUGGAUGGAAGAGCAUGCCUUCGACCCUGUCCGGGCCGUAGCCUCCCUCUCUCCAUCCUCAUUGCUCUGUCCCACGGGAGCGCUGCGUGUUCUGGGCAGCGGCUUCAUCGGCAUUGUGUUCCUGGAGGAGGAGACUGGGGAGGUUGUGAAGGUGAUGCUGGAUGAUUUCGCCCAAAAAGAGUACGAGCUUUGCCGGGUCUUUGCUCAAGCCCAGCUGGCUCCUGCACCACUCUCCUUGAAUGGUCCCUGCAGUGUGCCUGGGGGUGAUCUCUAUUGCAUUCGCAUGGAGCCCAUUACCCAAACACUUCAUGGGUUGCUUUGU